AUGGAGCUGGACCCAGCCGAGGUUCGGGAAUACCAGCCUCUAGGGCGCCCCCAUGUAAAUGGAGACAAGGGCAAGCCACCCAAGCAGAAGAAGCCAAAGAAGCCAAGCCCUAGGGACCGAUCCGUGAUCCCCGACGAAAAGACGGUCCUCAUCACCCCGGCGGGCGACAUCUGGCCGCGUCCAUACGUGUUCGAGGACGACCUGCGCCGCGUGCAACCCUACCACUUCACGUACAACACGUACUGCAAGGAGAGAUGGCGCGGCCGGUCGCUCAUCGACAUCUUCGAGUCCGAGUUUCGAGACCGGCCAGUCGAGUACUACCGAAGCUCCAUGGUGCGAGGCGACAUCUACGUCAACGGCAGAGUGGUUGGCCCAGACUACAUCGUCCGCAAUGGAGACAUGAUUUCGCAUACGUUGCAUCGACAUGAGCCACCAGUCACGGCCGAGCCUAUAGGCAUCAUCCACGAGGAUGACGAUAUCAUUGUCAUCAACAAGCCUUCGGGUGUCCCUGUGCAUCCUGCUGGUCGUUACAACUUUAACUCUGUCAUCGAGAUCAUGAUAGCAGACAGGGGCAAGGACUUUUUGCCGCACCCGUGCAAUCGAUUGGACCGCCUGACUAGCGGUAUCAUGUUCAUUGCCAAGAGUGUCAAGUCAGCCGAAGCCAUGGCUAUCAAGAUCAGGGGGCGCACCGUGAGAAAGGAAUAUCUGGCGCGCGUUGUUGGCCACUUCCCAGACGGAGAGGUUGUCUGCGACCAGCCCAUAUUGCAGAUAUCGCCGAAACUCGGCCUUAACCGUGUGCGUGCCAAUGGCAAAUCGGCCAGAACGGUCUUCAAGCGGCUGGCGUACUAUCCGCCACUGGAUGGAGAUGCAGAUGAGCCGGCUAUGCUGGCGGAGGAUGGGCGACCGCACACGCCUACGAAUGGAGAAGAACACGUCCAAGACGAGACGCGUAAGCCUUGGCUGAAGAAGAAGGGCUACUCCAUCGUGAGAUGCUUGCCAGUGACGGGGCGGACACACCAGCUGCGAGUGCACCUGCAGUAUCUAGGCCACCCGAUCCAAAACGACCCCAUCUAUGCCAAUCAGCGUGUCUGGGGACUCAAUCUUGGACAGGCAGACGCCGAUGGCUCACAAAAUACCGAUGAGGACAUUAUCAGCCGCUUGAAUCGCAUGGGAAAGGAGGAAGUGGCUGAGGCUGUAGUAUAUUACGAUGAAAUGGUGGACAGAUACGAGAAGCAGCGCGCAGAGAAGAUGACGGGCGAGCUGUGCGAUAUAUGCGAUACGCCUCUCUACUCUGAUCCGGGGAGUCACGAGCUAUCUCUCUGGCUUCACAGCCUCCGAUACGAGGACGCCGACGGGAGCUGGGCAUAUACGAGUCCGCUACCCAAGUGGGCUCUUCCGCCAAAGGGCAUGAGUGGACCGACUACCGUAGGCGGAAUGGAGGAGCUUGUGGAAGCCGUCAAGGACGAAAAUCCUGAGAUUUCGUCCGAGUAG